AUGAAUAAGAAGAAGAAGAUGAUAAACUUGUUAAUGGCAUUGUUUGCCAUUGCAAUGUUGGCCAAUAAUACUUCGAUGUAUGUUGCAAUGGCUGAUGAAAGACUGUUUCCAUGCAGUGCAAUGAGUCCAGUAUCAUUGCAAAUGGAGGUGACCAACUUGCAGAGUCUGUCUAGAGUAUCAAUGAUAUCAGGUAUGGGCUGUGCGAUGCGAUCCAAUAACCUGGUCUACUUUGAAUGGCUGAGCCCAGGCCUUGAGACAACACUACUUCGAUUUGGCAGUGGAAAGAUGGACUCUAGGUUCAAGAUCAGCUUUGCCUAUGCCAACAACAACAAAGUGGAGCAAUUCAUUGUACAUACAAUCACAUUCAACUCGACCUCCCCAUGUAUUAUAUUCAACAGUUCAUCUUCGCCCUGUUUCUCGUUGGCCUUCAAUUGA